AUAAUUCAGUUACCGUGGUCUGAAUAUUCCUUGCUGUGAGAAGUUUACUUCUUGGAUCAAUUUCUUAUUUAUUGCCUUCAGAGAAAAUUAGGAUGUUUCGAAAAUCGACUACGCAACAAGUUUAGGAAGGUCAAAUUCAUAAAAACGAAAACCAAAAAGAUCAAUUUUAUUUUUUUCGGUUUUUUUUUGUUUGUUUUUGAAUUGAUUUCUUGUUUGCAUACAUACAUAUGUAGUAUCAAGAAGGAUGUAACAAAUUUCAAAUGAUCUGAUAAAAAGGUAUUAUUUUUCAAUUAAACAAAACACAGACAUUUAGUGGCGUCACACGUCUUAGAACUUUGAACGCUAUAGUCACAUUGAAAGCAGAGCAGCUCGGCUGGCAAGAUCGUAAAAUGUUUAUAUCUACGAGAUCGCCGCAAGAUCAGCGCAAGCAACUGACUAGUUGACUAACUGACUGACUGACUGACUAGCUAACUAGCCGACUGGCAGAUCAGCGCAGUAGGAACAACAACAAUAAAUACUUUGGCAAACAGUUGAAUACUUAAUAAACAAAUGAAAUGUUCGCGACUGCCAGCUGCCAGUGAAACGCUGAAAACGCUCAGUCGUGAAUUGGAUUACGGAACGAGCGGACAUACAAAGCGUACAAAAGCGGUGUGUCAAUUGAGAAGCGAGAGAUCGAAAAACGUCAUAUUGAGCUGUUUGUUGAUAUCAGUUCGGCAAGAGAAAUAAAAAACACUAUACAUAGAACAAAAUAUUUUGCGUGAAAAAAUCGAAGGUGUUGAAGGUUAAAGCCGAUGACUAAAGUGUGCAGAUGUUGUUGAUGUAAUGCAAACAGAAAAAAAUUAGAAAACAACGAAAAAAUAUUUGUAAGAAUACGCAAUAUUUUCAAGUUCAUUGCAAACGAGUUGACACAUAAAAUAAAUUAGCAAUAGCUAUAUAUGUACAUAAGUGUGUACUUAUACAUGUGUAACAAAAAACAACAACAAAAUAAGAAAAGUGAAACGCUCGAGAAUUUUGAAAAAUAGAAUAGCAGCUCAACGAAUAAACGAAAACUGAAAAGCGCAGAAAUAUAAAGAAGCACACACAAAUAUGGCUAAUCCACUAUUGAAAUCCUGCUGCUUGUUCCAAUCACUGCGAAAUGGCGCCAUCAUUUCUGGUAUCCUGGCAAUCACCCUGUCAAUCAUAACGAUAGUUAUUAGUUUGACACUACGCAUAGAUUUCAAUACAAUUGAUUUCGAUUUUUUUCCAAAGAAUAUUGUUAAAAUUAUAUUAAUAAUAAAUCUUUGCAUGACCAUUCUGAUAUCGCUGCUAAUGAUCAUCGGUGUCAUAAAGCGCAAUCACUAUUUAAUGAUGCCAUGGGUGGUUUUGGGCAUUAUGAUUGCAAUCGGUUUGCUCGUGUCAGUGAUAUACACUGCCGUGAAGGUCUUCAUCGAUGGCUAUGUGCUGACUUGUAUACUAUGGCUUGUUUUUGGAUUGAUCACAACAGCAAUCCUCACCUACUGUUGGUGCGUUGUCUACAGCGAAUACACGGUAUUGUUGCAGGAAAACGAAAGGGGACGCUACAACAAACAGCUCUAUCGCCGCUAAGAAGGACGGACACACAGCAAUAAUUCAAGCGAAUAAACGAAAUAAAAUAUUAACACACAAAAAAAGUGGGAAGCAGACUUCUAAAUUAUACAAUUACAAUUUUUUAAGUUUACUUGGCAGCAUUUGGAAAAGUAGGUUUAGUUUAAAUUAAAAAUCAAAAUGCAGCGUACUCAUAAUUUUUAGUGAAAAAUCGUUGUGUCGCUCUUGCGAAAAUGGCAACUAAUCAUUUUUAAUUUAUUUAUUUGUAAAUUUUAUUUUAUUUCACAAAUUGUGUUAUUAAUUACGCUCCUUUCAAAUUCUUUCACUAAAUAUUCUACUUACUUAUUGUAUUCGUUUACUGCUCCUCUUUCACACACUCUUUGCUCACCGUAUGAAUUUACUGGAAUUAGUGCAAAUUUAUUUUAUAAAAUUUAUAUGUAUGUAUGUAUGUAUAUGUAAAACCUACGUUGUACAUCGUUAUGAGCACUGUUGUGUAUUUGUUGUAUCGAAUAAAAAAUAAAUAAUAUAAUUUUUUUUAUAAUAAAACUCGUCUUUUUGUUGGUCGUUUCAAUGUUUAUUACAUAAGUUUUCUUUUGUUAACACAUCG